AUGCAUAUCCGGGCAGGCAGGUUUCUGAUUCGCGACCCAGGAUUCGAAGCUGCUCCUGCCCUGGCUCCUGCCCUGGCUCCUCCUCUGGCUCCUGCCCUGGCUCCUGCCCUGGCUCCUGCCCUGGCUCCUGCCUUGGCUCCUGCCCUGGCUCCUGCCCUGGCUCCUCCACUGGCUCCUGCCCUGGCUCCUCCUCUGGCUCCUGCCCUGGCUCCUCCUCUGGCUCCUGCCCUGGCUCCUGCCCUGGCUCCUGCCCUGGCUCCUGCCCUGGCUCCUGCCCUGGCUCCUCCUCUGGCUCCUGCCCUGGCUCCUGCCCUGGCUCCUCCUCUGGCUCCUGCCCUGGCUCCUCCUCUGGCUCCUGCCCUGGCUCCUCCUCUGGCUCCUCCUCUGGCUCCUCCUCUGGCUCCUGCCCUGGCUCCUCCUCUGGCUCCUGCCCUGGCUCCUCCUCUGGCUCCUGCCCUGGCUCCUGCCCUGGCUCCUCCUCUGGCUCCUGCCCUGGCUCCUCCUCUGGCUCCUCCUCUGGCUCCUCCUCUGGCUCCUCCUCUGGCUCCUGCCCUGGCUCCUCCUCUGGCUCCUCCUCUGGCUCCUCCUCUGGCUCCUGCCCUGGCUCCUCCUCUGGCUCCUCCUCUGGCUCCUGCCCUGGCUCCUCCUCUGGCUCCUCCUCUGGCUCCUCCUCUGGCUCCUGCUCUGGCUCCUGCUCCUGCUCUGGCUCCUGCCCUGUCAGCGCCCCAUUCACACCAUGCCCUCUAG